AUGAAGCGAUAUCAGCAAUCCGGUGAGUCAGUUCAUCAAUAUAUACAAGCUCUUAAACUAUUGUCGAAAGAAUGUAACUUCCAUAAAGUUACAGCAGAACAGAAUGAAAGUGAAUACAUAAGAGACGCUUUCAUAGGCGGACUGGUGUCACCUGUAAUACGUCAAAGACUGUUAGAAAAUAGUACUUUAACCCUAGAUGCGGCCUUCCAGCAAGCUCAAUCACUGGAGUUAAAAGAAAUUCAUAAUCAGAAUUAUCUACGUGACACUAAUCCUGUAAUAAAUAAUACAAAUAACUGUUCUAAUAUUCCAGUUUUAAAGGAUUCUAUGUCUGCUGACAAUAAGAAUACUGAUGUCACCGUUGCUGCAACACCAAAUUAUAGAAAUACGUUUGAGUCUUGUUACUUUUGUGGAGAAAAAAGACAUCCACGAAGAUUCUGUCCAGCAGCCAGUUCAACGUGUCUUUCAUGUGGUAAGAGGGGUCAUUUUGCUAAAGUCUGUCGAAAUAAAUCUCAACGCAACGCAGCUACUUCCAACGAAAAUCAGUCAAUCGAAACACUCUCCUGCAUACUAUCUGCUGCAGAUUUAAGUAAAGCGACUGUUCCUAUUAUUAUCAAUAACAAAAUUAUGGCUAGAGCACUAAUAGAUACAGGCAGUACAGCUAGUUUUAUUGACAAACGACUGGUUAACCACUAUGAUUUAAUUGAAACACCAUAUCACCAAAAGAUAACAAUGGCCAAGUCAAACCUUAUAUCACAUGUAAAAAGCAGAUGUGCAUUAACUAUAGAAAUACAAAAACAAAAGGUGGAAGUCAAUCUUAUGGUGAUGGAAGGAUUAUGUUCUGAUGUUAUUCUCGGUCAUGAUAUGUUAAGUGAACAUAAAUCAUUAGAAAUGCAAUUUGGUGGUUUUAAACCCUCGCUUCAACUAUGUACUCUUAUAGAAGCCAAAUAA